GUUGAAACCUUACAAAAAAAUCUAUAAAAGUGUACAGUGUCGCGAAUUUAAUCCACUUCUGACGGAAGUAACAAACUGUGCUUUUUCAAGUAAUCAGCAGUUUAGCUCUAACGGAACGACCCUUCGUUCAUUCUUCUUCUCACCAAUGGUGGUUGCAGUUAAAGUAUUCAAGAAGACCACCCCUAAUGGUAAAGCCACCGUCUACUUGGGCAAACGAGAUUUCAUCGAUCAUCUUGAUCACACCGACCCCAUAGAUGGAGUCGUUGUACUUGAGGAUGGAUACUUGCAGGGCCGCCGAGUUUUCUGCUCGGUGGUGUCCGUCUACCGCUAUGGGCGAGAAGAGGACGAGGUCAUGGGCGUCAAGUUUAGCAAAGAAAUGACUGUCGUGAGCGCCCAAGUAGCUCCAUCCAAACGGGAAAAAGACGAACCACUGACUGCAAUCCAAGAAAAACUCGUAAAAAAAAUGGGUCCCAACGCUUAUCCCUUCACCUUUAAUUUCCCGGAAAUGGCACCGUGCUCUGUAACUCUUCAGCCUGGCGAGGACGACCAAGGCAAAGCCCUUGGAGUCGAAUAUUACGUCAAAUGUUGGAUAGGCAACAACGAAGAAGACCGAGGACACAAAAGGAGUACCGUCCAACUUGCCAUCAAAAAACUUCAAUUUGCUCCUCCAUCUCGUGCUGGAAAUCGUCUCCCAUCCUCCCUGAUUUCGAAAGGUUUCACCUUCUCCAGUGGCAAAAUCAACUUGGAAGUCACCCUGGAUAAGGAAAUUUACUAUCACGGAGAAAAAAUUGGCGCUAAUAUAAUGAUUAGCAACAAUUCAAGAAAACAAGUUCGCAAUAUCAAGGUUUACGUGGUUCAACAUUGUGAGGUAACUAUGGUAAAUGCCCAAUUCUCCAAAUACGUUGCGAGCUUGGAAACCAGAGAAGGAUGCCCGAUUACCCCCGGUGCUAGUUUCACCAAAGUCGUCUACAUGGUACCAUUGGCCUCGUCCAACAAGGACAGACGCGGAGUCGCUUUGGACGGUAGACUACGGGACGACGACGUCAACUUGGCCAGUUCCACUUUGGUUCCGGACGGUAAAUGCCCGAUCGACGCCAUUGGUAUUGUGAUUUCCUACUCUCUCCGGGUCAAACUAAAUUGUGGUACACUUGGUGGCGAAUUGGUUACCGAUGUACCGUUUAAACUUUUGCAUCCUGCUCCUGGUUCUGUUGAAAAGGAACGUUCCGCCGCUUUGAGAAAGAGCAAAUCAAUUGACAGGGGCCGUUAUGAAAAUGACGAUGACGACAACAUAGUUUUCGAGGACUUUGCACGUUUCCGCAUGUCCAGAGACGAAGCCGAAUAAACAUUUACUCAAAAAAAAAAAAAAAAAAACUACAAGUCCCUAAAAAUAUUCAACAAUUGUCCAUUAUAUGCCGACUUUUAGCAAUGACCACUGACUAACGCCCCUCUGGAGGACCGAAUAUUUUUAGUACAAUAAUUAGUAGUUUAUAGCAAAAUGCAGGGUUUAUUAUUACGUAUUUUAUAUUGUAUGCACAUAUUUUAAGGUAAAAUUUGAAAAUGUUUGAUGGCAAUCUUGGAGAAAUAGUCUUCAAAUGCCGGGACCACCAAACAUGCCACUUUAAGGUUGUGAUCAAAGAUUUCAAUAAAAUAGAAAAAUAUAUAGGUAUUGUUUAUAAGAAUUAUUAUAUGUAUAAUAUGUAAUUAAAAAAAAUAUCUAUUUUUAGGGACUUUGUUUGUUUAUGAAAUAAUUUGCCUUGAAAGCAAUAAAUGAAAAAAAGUAUAAAAAAAAUUGAAAAAAAAAGAAUUAAAAAAAAAAAAAAAAAAUCAAAAUGAAACAAGUGGAAUUAAAAUAGUGAAUUAGUUCUUCCGCCAGAAGUGAUACAUAAAAAUAAAUGAUCAAUUUUGACAAUAGAAAAUUCAAAUUUGUUUUUGUUAAUGAAAUUCAUUAUUAAUGUAGAUAUUAUAUAGGUACAAAUUAUGUUUAUUUUUAAUUGGUUCAAAUUUUGAGGUUUCCUAACUUGUGCAAAUAAAACAAAUGUUUUCAGAAGA